ACUAGUGGUUUAUGUCUUGAGAUUCUUGGGUUUUUCUUGGUGAGAUAAAAUUGAGUGUGUGAUUGUACAAAUUUUCGACGUAAUGAAUUUUCUUUUGAUUGUCUUUUGAGAACGACCGUGGUUUUUCUUUCGGGUUUAGAGGUUUUUCACGUAAAUCUUGUAUUGUUGAUUGUUGCUUUUCUCAGUUUAAAUUUCUCUAUUGUCACUCAAGGAUGAGAGUGAGUCUAAUUCCCCAACAUAAAGUACAUAAAUUAUGUAUAAAUAAAAGAGGGAUUUUUCUAGGUUUAUUUACAAGCAUGCUUGAUUAUUUGUUUAUUUAAAGAAAUUGUUAAGAGAUUGUGAGUUUAAUCCCUACUUUCUCUCUCCCUGAAUAGCAUCUCUCUUUCUAUUUAUCAGCACAUACAGGGACAGCGAGUAGUGUAACUUGGGUAAAGGAGAGAACUUUGAAAAGCUUGAAGCUUUGUGGUUAUGGAUCAUAGUCUUGAUGCAGAAGUAAAAACAAGUUACGAAAGGGAUCUUCCUCCUGCCCACUUCAUGUUCAAGAUAGAGUCUUUCUCUUCUCUCGCGGAAGCAGAGCUUGAAAAAUAUGAAACUGAUGUUUUUGAAGUUGGGGGCUACAAAUGGAGCUUGAUAUUCUAUCCAAAUGGUAAAAAGAAUGCCAAUGCAGACAACCACAUCUUCCUUUAUUUGGUAAUCAAAGAGACAGAAAAGCUUCCUGCUUGCUGGGAGGUUAAUGCCACUUUCAAAUUUUUUGUGUUUGAUCAUAUUCGAGACAAAUACUUGACCAUCGAAGGUUGUAAGGGUUCUAUGAAGCGAUUCCAUGCGAUAAAGACUGAAUGGGGAUUUGCUCAAUUUCUGUCCCUCGACUCUUUGAAGAAUGCAUCUACUGGAUACCUUGUUGGGGAUUCAUGCACAUUUGGGGCGGAGAUCUUUGUUGUCAAAAGCAGUUGCAAACUUGAGUGUCUUUCCAUGAUUAAGUACACUCGUAACAAUCUCAUGACCUGGAAGAUAAAAGAUUUUUCCAAGUUAGACAAGAUAUGUUAUGAGUCUGGAGUGUUUAAUGUGGAAGGAUCAAAAUGGAAGUUGGCGCUUUAUCCAAAAGGUGAUCGGAUUCCCAAGGGUAAAUCCCUUUCCCUCUUCCUAUGUAAGAUUGUAAGCCUUGCUCCUUGCCAGAAAUUGUUUGUUCGUUACAAGCUGCGAAUAAGGAACCAAAUUCAAGAGUCUGAACAUGCUGAACGGAUUGGUAAGGCUUCAUUCUCUUCUCUUGUAGGCAAGGCUUGGUUUGGUCGCUCUAGCCUCGAAUGGGGGUUUCCGAAUUUUAUAUCCCUGCAGAAUCUCGAGAAAUCAGUGAAAGGUCUUAUCAUGAAUGAUUGUUUGAUGGUUGAAGCGGAAAUUCUUUACAUGUCUGAUGUUAAGAGUUUAUCUUGAGGUUUCUAUUUGGAUUUUUGGACUGUUUUUGGUGACUAAUGCACUAGAUAUUAUCUCAGAAUAUGCCAUAUCUGUAAAGCUAAGGAUUUUUGUUCAUAAGUAUCAGUAAAUUUGUUGGUUGUUUUUUUAUGGAAAUCGAAUGAUAUGGAAACUGAAUGAUAUAUGUUUCAAGCCUUCUGUAAUUGUUCCAAUCCCAUGG